CCGGCGUCUGUGCCAACGAUCUGCGCGUCUUCACAACUUGGCUCGAACUCAUAUGGCAUGUCCACGGCCGCGCUCCCUCUGACCGGCAGAGCGGGCAGCAGCAACGACGACAACGAUGACCCCGAGACCAAGGACACCUAUGCAAGCUUGCAGGCGGCUCUGGCGCGCACAGCGACGAGGACAUUCGCGCUGUAUUUCUCGCGCCCCGUGCGCCUCUUCCGGCCAUCGAAAGUGAGCGGAUGGCUAUCCUUACGCUCUGUUGCCCGACAAUCGGGCGCCACAGUCUCCCCCGAGUUCAUACGCAGCCUCGUGAAGGAUCAUGGUUUCAUGGUGAUUCCCAAGCAUUUCGUCCCCCCAAUCAUGGUCAAUGCUCUUCUGGGGUCAGUUCUAUGGACGGUUUACGCAGAGACAUCCUCCUCCCUCGAUCCAUACAUUGGCCACCAUCCCACACUCACGGCAGCUAUAUCGGGCGCCGUUGCUGGCGGCGCGCAAGCACUGGUCGCUGCCCCGGCGGAGAAUGUACGUAUGGUACUCGAAGGUGGUAAGCUCGACGGUCACAGUUGGUCCUAUGCAUGGAAAGAAGUGUUCCGAAGCACACGGGCCGCGCCAGUCACAUCUAAGGCGAGAGAGAUCGAAGAAGCACGAGAAGUACGCACCUGGAUGAGGGAAGUUGGAGAGAUGGCUGGGCGAGGCUGGGACGGUUGGGGCUGGGGCUGCGCGAAGGACAUAUGCGGAUACGGCGUCUUUUUCGCCAUCUUCGAGAUUACACGACGUGUAUCUACAUGGACUGCGGCUUGGGCGCCACGCGCCUACCGCGGGUACGCUAAUGACGACGCGAAAACCAAGAUCGAGCACAACCUGUCCCGCACCGUCCAUGCUGUGACGUUGGUUACUGGAGGGGUGAUUGCUGGGCUUGCAUACGAAAUGGUUUCGCGACCCUUUGACGUCGCUCGACGCCUAGUACUCCGCGAUCGCUUCGACAAGGGCUCCGACCAUUCCCCCUCGCGCGUCAUCCUACGGAAAGUCCGCAAGGAGGGCAUCAUCCAUUUCUUCAUGCGUCCGCCGUCUGUCGAACAUACUCCCGCCCCUCGAGGCGUACAACGCUUACAGAGGGGUCUACGGGCGAUCGGCCGCCUAGGGCCCUGGGGCGUCGGAUUUCUCGUUUGGGAGAUAUACGGACCGGGCCUUGGCGCAACUUAGACGACCGCAUCCAAUACAUAGUUAAGUUAUGCUCUGUAUACAUUGCUAUAGACCCUCUAAUGUUUGUCACUGCCAUGGUCUCCUCGCUGCCGAUGAACCCGCGACGCUUGCCGCUCGCUGAUGCUCGCCUACUGGCCCGAUUUUGCCGACGAGCAUCCGGAUUUGUUCGGUAUCUGAUUACGUGGAAGAUGCCCGGUCCCAUCCUUCUCGUCAUUCUUGCAGCUGCGUGGAACAGGUCCUUGGCUCUUGCGAAGCACUCGAGGCGCUCUCCCAGGUACGAGGCAGUCAGAUGGGUACGUACGCGUGUAUGCGAAGUCGUGUAUCGGAAGCACAUUGUCGAACAUGCGCUGGCGCUAGAUUCGCAAAAGGCGCCCAUCUGCU